AUGCUUGGAGUUAAUGCUAAUGUGAGGUUUAAGCUUGAAGCCGUACAUCCACCGCUUCCGCCACCAUCAUCAUCAUUUGCACUUACUCGCUCCCAAUUCCAAUGCCCUCAACAAUAUCUCACGCGCGCACCACUCUCCUUCCACUUCCACCUUCUUCUUUAUUCUUCAUCUCCCCCCAAACAAGACUUAGUCGAUGGCGAAGAGCACUAUCCCACUGGAGACUGGAAAAAGUUCACUGCCAACCUCACAAUCAAGUUGCACGGCCAGAUAUCGGAUCAGCUCAAGAGUAGGUUCUCUCCGGGAUUAUCUCUGCCUCAAAUCUGUGAUAAUUUCUUCAAGGCAGCUUAUGAUCCUCGAAUAUCCGGCAUCUAUCUCCAUAUUGAUGUUUUAAAUUGUGGUUGGGCAAAGGUCGAAGAAAUUCGAAGGCAUAUCUUGAAUUUCAGAAAUUCAGAGAAUCUUGGAAUUGAACCAGAAGUGGAAAGGAUUGGCAAAUACAAAAGUGUUGGAGAUCAGCUUACCCGUAAAACCAUGUCUGAAGAUCAUCAUGAGAUGUUUACUGCAUUGCUUGAUAAUAUCUAUACAAAUUGGCUGGACAAAGUCUCUUCUGCUAGAGGAAAGAAAAGAGAAGAUAUUGAGAACUUCAUAAAUAAAGGUGUCUAUCAAGUAGAGAGACUUAAAGAAGAGGGUUUCAUAUCAGACAUAAUCUAUGAUGACAAGAAAAUACUCUGGAGUUAGGAAAUCAACUCUUGGACUAUCAGGUGGCAAAGAAUUAAUAGCCAUCAUCCGAGCUUCAGGGAGUAUUCGUCGUAUCCAGAGUCCUUUAAGUGCCCGUAGCUCUGGUAUAAUUGGAGAGAAGCUAAUUGGGAAGAUACGCAAAGUUAGAGGUACACACAAUCUUAUAAACUCACCUUCUUUAAAUCGGCACAUAAUUAGUGGAAUUUUUUGGGGCUAUUUACUUUUAGUGUGGCAGUUUUCAUUAGUGUAACAUCAUAGUUAUCUUGAUUUGAUUAGAAUUACAUUAUUUAACUAUUGUCAUGACACUAUAACAAAUUGCAACGCCUUUCAAAAAAAAAAAACUAUAAGAAAUUGCAACAAUAACCUCACCCCACCAAAUGAGAUCAGUUACAUGAAAUCACAUGACAUCAUUCAACUUGAUCAAUAACCAAAAUCUCAUGGAUAUUAUUUUGAGGGAUUUAAUAAUUUAAUGUCUUUUUUGUUUCCCUUAUCCAUGCAAUCUACUCUAUUCAUCGGUGCCUCCGAUGACCUUCUUUGCACAUGCCCAAACCAUCUUAAUUGAUUUCCUGUCAUUUUUUCCCUUAACAUGUGUCAUGUAAAAAAAAAUUGUAUACAAUCAUUCUGUAUAUCUUGUUCUUUCGCAUGUGCUCAUACUUCACUCUUAAGAUACUCAUUUUUACUACUCCCACUUUUUUCUCUUGUUGUCCUUUUAAAGUUCAAUAUUUACUACCAUAAAGUAUAAUUGAUCCAAUCAUAUAACAUAAUGAUAAAAUUUCCCUUUGAUCUUGGUAGAUACUUUUCGGCCACAAACAAUCCCUUUUGUUUUUCUUUUUUCAAUCACUUGGCUUGUAUCUUGACAUCAUUAAUUUUUCAAACCUUUUUUGUAAUUGUGAUCUCAGAUACUUAAACAUAGAAACCUGUGGUAUCAGGUAUGGCAUCUCUAAAUUUUAUUUCUGUUGGAAAUAUUUUGUAAAAUAAAAAUAUAGAAAUAUUGGAACUUACAGAGAAAAUGAAGAUAUUAAAAUUGAAGGAAUAUAGCCAUUGAAAUUCAUAAAAUGAGAAUAUCUAUGUAUAGGCUCACAACCAAUUUGAAAUUCCUAAAAAAAUCUAAUCUGCCAUCAGAUUUAUUUGAAAUUUAAAUUUACUAACUGAAACCAAACAUAAAAGAUAAAAUCUGCAAAGAUAACAAAAACACUAUCUAAAACUUAUUCUAAAUUCAAAAUUCAAAUAAGGAAAUUUCUCAUAACUCCAGCACUCCUUGAGAUUUGCCAUGGAAAUGCUAAGCUUUAGCUCCAUGAACUUUAAACUUAAUAUCGGAAGCGCUUUAGUCAUCGUCUCAACAAGUUGUCCAUCAAUUUCUUGGCCUAAAUCACUGUCAUUCUAGCAAUUUAAUUUAACUCAUUUCUAUCCUAAUACCUUGUCUAAUUUUCAGCAUUAUUGCACCCUGUAAGGCCUCAAAACACUCAUUUUUGUUUCUUACCUUUUACAUUGGACACUUCCAUUCCAUAACAUGGAUAACGUUGGAUUUCAUUGUUCAUCUAUGAUGCUGUGUGCCAAACCUGAACCUUUUUGGCAAUGUUAUUAUGCUUUAUUCUUUUUGGUUAUUAUAUUUGUGUCAUAAUUUUGGAGGUCACAUUGAGCCUUCUUUUUCUCCUCAGAGUCAAAUAAAUACAGGGCUGCUAUUAUCUGAAUUGACAGUCCAGGAGGGGAUGCUCUUGCUUCUGAUUUGCAAGUGCUGAGAAAUCAGGCUUCUGGCUGCCUCA